UACAGGUGGAGGUGGAGGUAUCGGCUCUAAUCGGUUUAGUAGAUUCUCCAGUUGGAAAUCACUUACCCGUGCAACAGCCAGGCUCAUCCAAAAGGCCAGAGCCUACUCCAAAAAUACAGACCAUAAACAGAGAAUGGGUGAGCUUCCUCAAGCAAAACUCAUAAUAAUGAGAAGCGUACAACAGGACUUCUUUAAAGAGGAAAUUCAAAACAUCUCAAAGGGUGAAGAAGUCUCAAGACACAGUUCAAUCAGAAGUUUGGAUCCCAUCGUAGAUGAUAAUGGUUUGCUGAGAGUUGGAGGUCGAAUAUCGUCAGCAGACAUGUCCUGGGAAGAAAAGCAUCCAAUCCUUCUUCCAAAAAACCAUCAUGUCUCUACUCUGCUGGUAAGACAUUAUCAUGAACAAGUUGCUCACCAAGGACGACACUUCACUGAAGGUGCAGUUCGUACAGCUGGACUGUGGAUAACAGGAAGUAAGAGAUUGGUGUCAAGUGUGAUUCACAAAUGUGUGAUCUGCAAAAGAUUAAGAGGAAAGUUGGAAGAACAAAAAAUGUCUGACUUACCUCUGGACAGAUUCACCAUGGAUCCUCCGUUCACGAAUGUUGGACUUGACGUUUUCGGACCUUGGACCAUCUCGUCGCGCAGAACCAGAGGUGGUCAAGUAGAAAACAAACGCUGGGCAGUUAUGUUCACUUGUCUGAGUACACGAGCAGUGCAUAUUGAGGUUGUAGAGACCAUGUCAACCUCCAGCUUCAUCAAUGCUUUGAGGAGAUUCACCGCUAUCAGAGGUCCUGUAAGUCUGCUCCGUUCUGAUAGGGGCACAAACUUUGUUGGAGCUUGCAAAGAACUGCAAAUAAACUCAGAAGAUCCUGAGCUAAAAGCUCACCUGCAAGAAAAAAGUUGCACCUGGAUAUUCAAUCCUCCACACUCCUCUCACAUGGGUGGAGUGUGGGAGAGGAUGAUCGGUGUUGCACGCCGCAUUUUGGAUGCCAUGCUAUUGAAGGAGAACUGUCGCCUCACUCAUGAAGUGCUUGUGACUCUCAUGGCUGAAAUCAUGGCAAUCAUGAAUGCAAGACCUCUUGUUCCAGUGUCCUCUGAUCCAGGGAUGCCAGCUGUUCUCACACCAGCAAUGCUGCUCACUCAGAAGAUUGAUCCAGUAUCUGCUCCUCUGGGGAACAUGGAUCUCAAAGAUCUUUAUAGCAAGCAAUGGAGGCAAGUCCAAAGCCUCGCUGAAACUUUCUGGAGACGCUGGAAGCAAGAGUACUUGGAGACGCUCCAACCCCGUAAGAAGUGGAAAUCAGAAAGACCGAACCUGCAAGUUGGAGAUGUGGUACUCCUUAAAGACACUCAAGUUAAAAGGAAUGAGUGGCCCACAGGUGUUAUUGCGGAAACCAUCCCCAGUCGUGAUGGCAGGAUUCGGCAAGUCAAUGUGAAGAUCAUGAGACAGGGUACUCCCAAGGUGUAUUCAAGACCUGUUUCAGACAUUGUGCUGCUUCUCAGUAAUGGGCCAUAG